AAUGCAUUUUGUACUGAUCCAAGGACGGAGGACCUCCCUUUCCUCCUCUCUUCAAUUGGAGUAGGAUUUUCAAAGCAUCGGCUUCUUCCCACUCCUUUUCAAACUGACUAUAAUAUUACUGAGAAUAAUAAAAUGCAGGGGAUAAUGGAAAAGAGCCAGUGGGAUCUGAAACAUAUCCGUCUACGCUCGGGAAGGCUCACCAGGCUGGAUGACUUUGUUGUCCAGUAUCAAAUCAGUCACGAAGCGCUGCUGAAGGAGUACGAAGACCCAAAAAGAAUGCUUCAAAGAAAGAAAUUUAGAGUGGACGAAGAAAAAUGGAAGGAACGUCGCCAAAAGAAGAAGGGGAGAUAUGUAACAGUACUCCGCAAGCCAUUUCCUUUCAGGAGAUCUUCAAAGACAGUUGCUUCCUCUAUGGCCCCGAGUUCCCCUGUGCAGACUGGUACAGUUGAGGAUGUUACCUUGGAAACUCCAGAAUUUCAGGAGGUCCUGUCUUUGUGGAAGAAAAGAGACACAGAGGUUGUGGUUUCUGUGCUUCAACAAACCAUGGGACGUCCAUAAUUAUCCGCCACAGUGAUCUGCGAACCCUUCGACCACACCUGUGGCUAACAGGCGAGGUAAUUGAAGGGCUGUUUCAUUGUCUGGCAAAAAAGGAGCAAAAGGGGAUCUACAUUAUGAACCAUUACACAGUGGGCUUGAUUCUCAUUGGGGAUCGGACACAGCUUUCUCGCCAAAGCUUGCGGAACGUAAACUUUGAUCGGUGCCAGGCCAUUGUCACGUUUGUUAACAUAAAAAAAUGUACACUGGAAGUUUCUGUUCAUCAAUGCUGUGAAUCAAACUGUUUAUCUCCUUGAUCCUGCCACAAGUUCAUCAGAGGAGGAAGACUCUAAACUCGCUGCACGUAAAUUCAGUGAUCACUUGAAAAUGAGAAGAACCUGCUACGCAAAAACAGAAUGGGUGGACAUUAAAUGGAAGGGAGGUGUCUUGACCCAUCCAGUGCAGAAGGAUGGCUUCAGCUGUGGAGUAUUAGUGGUGAUGUUCACUGGCUGUAAAGGACGCUCAUUGCUGCUGCUCUGAUCAACGUGAGCCAGCGGGAGGCUGGCUGCUGGAGCAGAUCGAACACAGAACCGCUGAACAGCAACUCCCUAAGCUGCUGCCACCAAACCUCACAGAGACGCACGCUGUAAGUUACAAACUCAGCACAACAAAAAGAAACUUUGCUCUCUUCCAGCCCAGUGGGAGAAACAACGGAGAAGCGUAAAUCACAUCUGACCAGGGAACACAAAGGGACGCCUUGUUUUGCCCGGGAACAGCUGUUAUCUCCUGCAAGUUUUUAUUUCAUUUAAACUUUUACCUUUUCUCAUCUCUUCUAGACCAAGAUAAGCAGUCGACCGCGUGACAUUGCUUCAAAUCAUCAUACGGUUUUUCUCUAUCUUCCAUAUCAAACACGUUAUAGAUAUCUAAGCAAGGUCUUGAGUUUAUUAUUUAUUUGAUUUGGGUUUGUCGGUCAGCUGUGGCCAGGCUGCAUCGACUCUGUUAGGUUAAAUAAUUUACGAGUGACCUUUGUUGUUUAAGAGUCUAAACUUUUGAAGUGUUAAAGUUUAAGUUACUGUGAAACUGAGUUUAAGCUAAAACUUUUUCUUUGUAGAGCUGGAGACAGACAGCUCAUACACACACACAAUCAUUCCUCCAGCCUUAUCAGACACGCACUCACAAGCACGCGCGCACCUGCGAAAACAAAGAACUCCAUUCAUACGCCUUUCACACACACACAUGGUCUAAUUUCAUACACACAUCUUCAAUUAUAUAAAAUUGUUUUGCAUUAUUAAUCUCCUUGUUUAAUUAAAUGUUAUAAAAUUCAGAUUUGUCUCCAAUAGAUUUUUUGUGUCGAUUCACGUCUCUGCUCUUGACGGAUUCCACCCUUUUGAUAGACUGAUAAGUGUUUUGGAUACAAUUUUUCCCCGGUAAAAGGGGAUGGUGCCCCGAAGAUUCCUAAAGAGUAUCUUAAUCAAUUAAUAACUUGUUUUUGACACUAACAGCAACUGUGCCAUGUGUUCACUGACCAAGCCACCUGGAUCAGGACCUUCAAUGAUGAACUGGAUACAAUGUGACACCUGUGAAAGAUGGUACCAUGAGCAGUGCCUUGGCAUGACCAACAAUGACUUUAAAAAAGCAAAGGAAGAAGCAUGGAAUUGUCUCCUGUGCUGUUAAACCACAGACUUUUUGGAUGCUUGUGUCAAAAUAUUUGAAGACGUACUCUGUGGUCUCCACCAAAGUGAUAAUUUGAGCAACAUAAUACGGCAAAACGUUUUUAUCUCAUGCGCAUUUCCAUGAUGAUGUCAUUUACCUUUAAACCACCUUUUAUGUUAUCAUGACUGCACGUUUUGGACUUUACAAUUUACUCUCCUUGUAUUGAGCGGUUACCUUUUUCUGGGAUUUGUUUUCAAAGAUAAACAGAUUUACCUAUGUUACUAUCAUACUCUAUUAUGAAAAUGUAUUUGUAAUGUUAUGAAAUGGAACCAAAGAAAAGAAUGUGUCAUUAAUAUGUAAAGACAAGAAAUCCACUUUAGUAAAUUUUAAUAAAUUAAAUCAGACUGACUUGAUAUUGAUAUGGUGCCACGGUGGGGUUGUAUACUGUUGAUAUAAAGGGGAAUUACCCUGUGGAAACAGCAACUUUCCAUUUUAGAGCAUUUUGAAAUAACUGAAAAUUAGGUUGUAUAAGGGCAAUUUUAAAAGGCCUUUAUUUUGAUACGCAACAUCAGAAUGACUUGCUAUUCAUACGGUAUCACUGUGGGGUUGUAUACUGUUGAUCUAAAGUGGAUUUACCCUGUGGAAACAGCAACUUUCCAUUUUAGAGCAUUUUGAAAUCCUUAAAGAUAGGUCAAUUAUGGACAAUUUGAAAGGCCUUUAUUUUGGAAGGCAACAUCAGAAUGACUUGAUAUUGAUAUGGUAUCACUGUGGGGUUGUAUACUGUUGAUCUAAAGUGGAAUUACCCUGUGGAAACAGCAACUUUCCAUUUUAGAGCAUUUUGAAAUCCUUAAAGAUAGGUCAAUUAUGGCACUCAUUCUUGAGAGUCGGGACAAAACAUGUCCUUCAUAAAAACAUGUACUUUAGGUUAAAAUUAAAAAUUAAUUAUCAUGAUUUACUUUCUUGCCAUGUUUAAUCUAAAUGAAAUCUUUAUCUUAACUUCAUUAUUAGUGCAAAUUUCCUUUCUCUUUAGAAAAAAUAUUGCUUUAAUAUUUAGUUUGUGCUUAGAAUGUUUGUUAUUUUAUUUGUCUUCACCACAAAGUCACAAUUUUCCUCGCCCCAAAAACUUGAAAAAAAGUGUAAAAAUGUGAAUACAUAAAUAUAAAUUGAAAGACAAUCAUUACAAAUAUGUGAAGCAAUGCUUGAAGUAAACAUCAAAUUAUAUUUUUCAUAAAAAUCUGCUUGCCAAAGUUGUGUCCUCAGUUUCUGUCAACUCCGUCAGAUUUUUCAUAAACUUCUUUUAAUCAGGCAAUAGCAUGGUCAUCUUUGUCACCGAGGACCCUUUUGAGUUUCCCAUGCUGUGCUGAUAACAGCACUAGCACACCUACUCUGGUAAGUUUAAAACUUUGAGAUAUUUUACACAAACACUGUCAACAUUUCUAUGGUCACAACUGGACCAUGUCAACACCAUCUUUCCAAUGUGAUGUGUGUUUUUAAAAAAAAGGCAAUUUAACUUAGGCAUUUUAGUGAGAUUACUGAGAAGCUAGCAACUAAGGAAAAAGUAGCUAGCUGCUAUUUACAAUGCAUCUUUUGGCGGGAAAAUACAUGGCCUUUUGUCAACUCCGUCAGAUGUCAACUCCGUCAGAUUUCAUGUCUGACGGAGUUGACAUGUAAGAUGACGGAGUUGACAAAUCAACCUAUAAUGACCUAAAGUGGUAAUAAAAUAUUAUGUUUGAUAUUAUUUUUAUAAGUUUUUAAUUGAUAUUCUAAAGAAGAAAAACUUGCAUCAAUGAAAUUUUAAUUUGUUACAUGUUACAGUUUGUUAUAUUGCUCCUGUUCACUGACAAAGUGUCCCAGUCAAAAAACAUUAAAAAAAAUGAUAAAUUCAUUCUUUUGCAUACAUUUUUGAAUCAACUUGUUCCCUGAUCAUAAAUACCAAAUAUUUGUAUUGUAGGAAAGCAUGGCAAGGCUGAAAUUGUCAGUUGAGGAGAAAAGGCAAAGAAACAGAGAAUACCAACAAAAAAGAAGGGAAAAAAUAAAUAGUGACCCAGAGAAGAAAAGGGCCACAAAAGAAAGGGAAAAACAAAGAUGGAAGAAGAGAGUUGAAGACAAAAAAGUAACACAAAUAGGCACGAUGGGAAACAGAGCAAAGAGGAACAAGAGGAAGUAUUGGAGAGAGGCACAGAAAAGGUCCAGACAGAAAAGGUCCAGUGAAGGUGCAGUCCUACAGACCGAUACCCCGCCAGAUAGUCCGCAAGAUAUGAAUGGUCAAGAGGAUAAUGCCAGACAAAGACAGUUAAUUAGACUGGAAAGGGAGAGAAGCAAAACAAGAAAAAGAAAUUCCAGAAAAAUACAAACUUUAAAAGAGAAGAUUCACAAGUUAAGAAAACAACGGAACAAACUGAGAAAACAAAUAUGGCGAGAGAAGACAGCAGCAAAUAAAACACCAUUGGACUCCCCAAGAAAAGAGACAAAAAUGAUGCUAUCAGGUAGCACAAUUAGAAACCCAAAAAUUAAGAAAGCCCUUUUAUUCCAUAACAUCCUCAAAAGAGAGCUAAAGAACAAUAAACAAACUCCUGGGCCACGGUGUCAAGAGCCAGCACUGGUUUUGUCAGGAAAGAUUUUAAAAAAGUAUCGGCUUCUUCACCAAAUCCAUCAGUUUGGAUUAACCUACAAAUUAAUGAGAGAAAAGAAACAGACAAAGAAAAAGCCAACAUUUUUACAAGGUAUGACACAGACUGUUCAGGAUUUCUUCCGGAACUGUGCACGCAUGACAACAGAUAAGACAGACACCAUCACUAGGAACAAAAUAAAGCACCAGAGAAUGAUCCUUACGGACUCCCUGAUCAACCUCCACACUGAUUUCCUCACUAGGAACCCCACUGUGAAGCUGAGUUAUUCUUCAUUCUGUGCUCUGAGGCCAUUCUAUGUAACAGCACCAAAAACAUCUGAUAGGAAGACAUGUCUGUGUCAGAUGCAUGAAAACGCAUGCCUAAUGCUCGAGGUUCUUAGAUCAAGAGGUGUUGUAAAGUCAAACAAACUGGAGGACAGUUUUCAGUUAGUUUGCUGCUCACCAGCAAGUGAGGCCUGCCUUCUUCGCACCUGUUCACGAUGUGUAAAUAAAAGUACCAUUCCAUCCCAAGAGCAAGACAAAAUCCAAGUUCAGUGGAAGCAGUGGGAAAGAGUUGAAGAAAACACAGCCAAUGGAAGUCAUAUCAACAUUAAGCUAGUUCAACACAGUGGUAGUCUGUCAAAGCUUAUCAAACUCUAUGAGCAAAAACUCAUAAAAGAGACCACAACCCAUGUGUGUUUAGUGCUAAACCAAUCAAAUGCAUAUAGAAACACAAUAGAGACAUGUGAUGAAUGUACAGCAAUUGUCCAUGUUGACUUCUCAGAAUCCUGGAGAUGCAAAUAUCAGUCAGAAGUUCAGGCCUGCCAUUUUGGACAAAAUCUUCCUCAGAUAACCCUGCAUACUGGAAUGUAUUACAUCAAGGGGGAAAAGGCUGGGUUUUGCACAGUUUCAGAGUCAAAAAGACAGGAUGCUUCAGCAAUCUGGACACAUAUGGAUCCAGUUCUGAAAACUAUCAAGACGAAAUAUCCUCACAUUACCACUGUACACGUUUGGUCAGAUGGUCCAAGUAAACAGUAUAAGAACAAGAAGAACUUUUAUUUUCUGUCUGGUAUCCCAUCUACACUUGGAUUUGAAAAAGUAACAUGGAACUUCUUCCCCACUUCCCAUGGUAAGGGUGCCCCAGAUGGCAUUGGUGGAACAGUGAAAAGAACUGCUGACAACCUGGUACUUAGAGGAAAUGACUUGACCGAUGGAAAGACAUUCCUUGAAAAGGUUUCAAACUGUCUGAGGGGCAUUCAGUUGCACUACAUUACAGAAGAAGACAUGCAAAUAUAUGAUGCACUUUUAAUCCAGCCUCUCAAACAAGUUCCACUGACUAGACAAAUACACCAGGUCAUCGCACAAGAGAACAGGAUCCAGCACAGACAACUUUCCUGCUUUUGCAGCCAGAUGUUGGUUUGCCUGUGCUUCAGUCCCACAACAUUCUUUUUCCAUGAUUACCCAGAGGAACCGCAAAGUCACAAGAGAAGGGCAAAGAAAAGACCUUUGGCCGCAUUGAUAGAGGAGAUGGAAAAAGAGGACAGUGAAGGGAUAGAGGAGGAGUGGGAUGAGGAGCUUCUGAAAGGUCCUGAAGGUACUAUAAAAGUAACAACUGUUGGCGGCCUUCAUGAAGGAGACUGGCUAGCAGUAGUAUAUGAUAACCACUGGUGGCUAGCCAAGACCAUUGCUGUCGAUCUUGAGCAUCAAGAUGUGGAAGUGGAGUUUCUGCAUCCCCAUGGUCCAACAGAAAAAGUUAAACCCAAGCAUGGCAGGAAGGAUGUCUGUUUCUGCCCAGUUAAAGACAUAAUUGUGAAACUAAUGGGAAAGGCAUCACCAGUCCAAUCAAGAACACGAGAGAUCUACAACAUAGUCCCUGAUGUGAUGGACUUCAUAGAUCGUGAGCAUGCUCGCCGUCUGUUGCUGACAUAAGUUCUAUUUUAACAUCACAAUAGUUCACUGCACUAACACACACAUACACAUAAACCCAAACAUAAACACUCUCACCCAUGCACACCCCACAUGGUUUCUCACUUACCAUAUACACCCAAACACACAGGAGAAGUGGAAGUUAAGGAGAGAAAGACAAAGAGAGAGAGAAGAAAGCAAGAACAGAAGGACCCAUGUUUUCCAUCAUUCUAAUUUUGAUAAUUGUAGAGAUGUUGUAUUCAGUUCAUAAUACAUUUGUAACAUUGUCAAAAUAUGACAUAUUCUGUUAGUUUAUUAACUCAAAGUAAAAUCAUUUUUAUUUGUUAAAUAGUAGUUCACACACAUUUUUGUCAACACCAUCAGUUUUUGGUCAACACCGUCAGAUAUAUGUUUUUGAAUUUUUAAAAAGAAAAUGUUUAUUCUUACUUCACUUUCUGGUCUUCAUG